AUGAUCGGUGUACCCACAAAAGGCAUUCAUGGCUUUCUUGUUCUUUAUGGCUCGGAAAAUUAUUCUGAGCUCUACAAGGUCGACGUUCAAGUUGUUUCUGUGGAUGCUACUUCCUUGGAAUUGGAGGACGAAUUGGCUCGUGGUCGGAUUACGGACGACCGUUUGUAUGAAUUGCUUUGUCAGUGUGCGUACGCACCUCUUAACAGACUGUCUCUGUCUAACUGUGACUUUCUUGCCGUAAAACCAUGGACUCUGGCUCAGUUGGCACAAUUUAACCGGCUUCGUGAGAUUACGGAUAAGUUAGCGCGCUCUGUAGCUCGCUGCUGUCCGAACCUGGAGAUAUUCUGUGUUUCGGGUUGUCCGUCAAUCUCAGCACUCUCCGCUUUGGCUUUGAUGGAAACCGCGUUUUUCCGAGUUAGUCAAAUGCUCACAGUGCACAUGGAAAAGACUGCAUUUGACGUGAAUCAGGUGGCGGAUCGCUUAGUGUCUAGGUUUACAUCGUGUGAGGUUCACUGGACACAAUACAUAGGUGCCAAAUCAGAUACACUGAUUACGAACAGUCCUAUUCCACCUGUGCAUAGAAAAACUAUGUGGGAUCUCCUUAUACUGACUGCGGGAAGUGAGUCACAAAAACGUAAUUUCGAAAAUCUUCUGAGCGAGACAGACAUCUCUGGUUACUGUAGGGACACGGUAGUCAUCGCAGACUAUCCGCCAGGAGUAAGAAUAGGAUCUGGAGGAGCAACACUUAAUGCUUUGCAGUCACUUGGAGGUCAGAGAAUCGGUCAAAAGACGAAGUUUAAGCACAUUGAUUCUUUGCACAAGAGGGCAACAUGUCCUUUACUUUCAGCACCGUUAUUCCUUAUAUGUUGUCCAGAAAAGAGGAAAGAAAAAACCAUUCUUUAUAUGUCUCUGUCGGCUGCGCUUCCUGCUGGUCUGCUCGUUUCUGCUUCUGAUGUCCUCGAAGACGUGUCCACUUCUGCGCAGUGCUACUCAUCAUCAGAUAUGAUACUCUUCGCUACUGAAUUGGACACGAAGGUGGCCAAGGAUCACGGAGUUUUCGUCAUGAACCAGGGAAGGCUCAAAUCUGUAUUGCAAAAGCCGUCGUUGGUAAUGAUGAACAAUUUAGAAGCUAUUCUUCCAAACGGGAACGUACUCUCUGACUGUUUUUUCUGGAUGUCUUGGUUGAUUUGUGAACAGCUGGUGAAGCUAUGGAAGUUGCGUGGUCCAUGUACCAUCGACACAUGCUGCUACGGUGACUUUAUGCGUCCACUUGGGUAUGAGCCGUUAUUGGACUAUCUUGAGGAAGGUAGACGAUUCUUACUCAUUGGCAGUGGAUCGCUGUUGGAAUACUGCAAUUUAAAACAUGCACAAAUUGGUAGCGGAUGUAUACUGAGUGGAUGUGAAUCCUCUGAACCAUUCAGCCUGGAUGACUGCAGCAUUCUGUUCACUCUUUGUACUACGAAACACGAACAUCAAUACAUAACAGUACUGCUGCAUAUAGACGAUGAAGUGAAAGUGAAGAAGCCAACGCUUUGCUGGAUGGGCAAAGAAACACACCUAAAAGAAACUUCUCUGUGGAAUGCGAAACUGUUUCCUGUUGAAAGAAGUAGACAAGUAUCUCUACAUGCGACGCUUAAUCUUGCUAAAGGAGGAAAGACGACAAGCGAGCUGAUUUCGAUUUCUGAAGCAGUAACGACGAGCGAUACCCAAGAAAUGGUUGGUUUUCGACGUCGGCUGAAGCAUGAACACCUCGCAAACAAGCUCACCAAGAAUCACUAG